CACUGACUCCCCAGGCACCUAUUACAUGUCCAGCGGUAUUCUGGGGACCCCAAAUGGACACUGUUAUGGAAGCCAACAUGCGCGCUGCUGGCCAAAGACCCCGCACAGAGCUCGAUGACGAGGACUACUACCCCCAGGGUGGCUGGGACACAGUCUUCCUGGUGGCCCUGCUGCUCCUAGGGCUACCAGCCAAUGGGCUGAUGGCGUGGCUGGCCGGCUCACAGGCCCGACAUGGAGCCGGCACACGGCUGGCCCUGCUCCUGCUCAGUCUGGCCCUCUCCGACUUUUUGUUCCUGGCGGCAGCAGCCUUCCAGAUCCUGGAGAUCCAGCAUGGAGGGCACUGGCCACUGGGGACAGCUGCCUGCCGCUUCUACUAUUUCCUGUGGGGUGUGUCCUACUCCUCUGGCCUCUUCCUGCUGGCUGCCCUCAGUCUGGACCGCUGCUUGCUGGCACUGUGCCCACGCUGGUACCCUGGGCACCGCCCCACCCGCUUGCCCCUCUGGGUCUGCGGCGGGGUCUGGGUGCUGGCCACGCUCUUUAGCGUGCCCUGGCUGGUGUUCCCCGAGGCUACGGUCUGGUGGUACGACCUGGUCAUCUGCCUGGACUUCUGGGACAGCGAGGAGCUGCCACUGCGCAUGCUUGAAAUCCUGGGGGGCUUCCUGCCUUUCCUGCUGCUCUUAGUCUGCCACGUGCUCACCCAGGCUGCGGCCUGCCGGACCUGUCGCCGCCACCAGCCUUGGCCUGCAGUCAGCCGGGGUUUUGCCCAAGUGGCCAAGACCGUUCUAUCGGCCUAUGUGGUCCUGCGGCUGCCCUACCAACUGGCGCAGCUGCUCUACCUGGCCUUCCUGUGGGACAUCUACCCUGGCUACCUGCUCUGGGAGGCCCUGGUCUACUCUGACUAUCUGAUCCUGCUCAACAGCUGCCUAAGCCCUUUCCUCUGCCUCAUGGCUAGCGCUGACCUCCGGGCCCUGCUGCACACCGUCUUUUCCUCCUUUGCUGCGGCUGUCUGUGAGGAGCAGCCAGGCAGCUUCACACCAGGUGAGCCACAGACCCAAGUGGAUGCUGAGGGUUUGACUCUUCCAGGGCCAACAGCUGUGGCCCCACCUCUUCUGAGCCCCAUGGCUCAGCAACUGUUGGAUCCUGUGGCCUCCCCUCAGCUGAGCCCCACAGCUCAGCCACUGUCAGAGUCUAUGGCCUCCCCUCAGCUGAACCCCACAGCUCAGCCACUGUCAGAGCCCAUGGCCCCCCCUCAGCUGAACCCUGCAGCUCAGCCACUGUCAGAGCCUGUGGCCUCGCCUCAGUUAAACACUGAGGCCCAGGCCCCUGGACCCACUGCCAGCUCAGCCCCCAGCCCCUGUGAUGAAGCCUCCCCUUCCCCAUCCUCAGAUCCCACCCCAGCAGUCCCUAAGAACCAAGCCACACCAUUUGCCCCUGAGGGGGAAAGCCCCAGCAGCACCCUUCCAGAGGAGGUCCCCAGCACAGGCCCCAUGUGA